AUGGAACCCAAUAAUUCGGAACCAACAAGACAAGAAUCGGCAGCAGCACGCGCAUUGUUUGAUCUGUUGCAAGCAACUGCUGCUUCCGGUGUCCAUAUCAAUGCGGUGACAUUUCUUGGUGCCAAGACGACUCGUCGCAGCUUUUUGGAGAAGAUCGUUGAGCCUGUUCUAGAAGGAAAAACAGUGGCAGAUGUCAUCAAUCGAUCACAAGAAACAGCACACCAACUACAACGCUUCCAAAUCUUUGAUGAUGUACAACUACUACUGGAUAGAGCAUCGGACAGUGAUCCAUUAGCAGCACCAGGAUCCAUCAACGUGAUAUAUCGUCUCAAAGAACGAAGCCGGCUAUUCAUCAAAACAGGCACAGAAAUUGGAAACAAUGAAGGCAGCAUGAGUGGCUCUUUAACGUUGCGCAACAUCUUCGGUGGUGCAGAAAUGCUUGAAUCCUCCGCAUCAUUUGGUACUCGCAAUAGCUCGGCAUUCCAGUUUGUUCUUUCAAAACCUGUGAAUGGUUCACCUGACGCACAAGUGGAUAUCAAUGCACACAGUGUUCUCCAAAACAACCAGCUUACGAGCUCUUACGAGGAACUAGCACGAGGUGUUGGCUUACGAUAUAAGCUUGCCACACGUUUUGGAUACCAUGAAUUGAGUUAUGAUACUACCUGGAGGUCCAUAGAUCGUAUCGCAGAUACAGCGUCUCUCAGCAUUCGUAACCAAGCUGGCCACUCUCUCAAAUCAUCACUGAAUCACGUGUUUAUCCAGGAUCGCCGUGAUGACUUUUUAUUGCCCUCCAAUGGUUACUAUGUAAGAUGUUCGCAAGAACUAGCAGGAGUACUCGGCAUUGGCAACGCAAAGUUUUUCAAGACCGAUCUUCAAGCACAAUAUUGUCAUCAGGUUGGUGGCGGCCAACUUCUCAAGGAUAAGGAAACAGGCGAGCUGCUAGGCUGGCAUCCUGGAUUGGUAUUCAGCUUAGGAUUGCGUGCUGGAUGGAUGGCUACCUAUGGAGAAAAUGCUGUGACAGUAUCAGACAAGUUCAUGCUUGGUGGUCCGUCAUCCGUUCGUGGUUUCAAGACAUCUGGUAUUGGACCUCGAGAUUAUCGUGAUGCCUUGGGUGGUGAUGCUUUUUGGGCGGUUGGUCUUAGUGCCAUUGCACCAGUACCACGAUGGGAGAGCAAGCCUUUACGACUACAUGCUUUCAUUAAUGCUGGUACACUUGUGCCAUGGAAUAUGGGUACAAAUGUCAAGGAUAAUGCUCGAUCGUUGAUUAAGGCACCUAGUACUGCUGUAGGCUUGGGUUUCAUUUAUCGUCAUAGUAUUGCUCGUUUGGAGCUUAAUUACUGCAUUCCUUUGACUGCAAGCAGGAACGAUUUUGUAAAGCGUGGUCUUCAAUUUGGUUUAGGCUUAGACUUUUUGUAA